AUGAAUCUCGUCAAUCUUAUAACAUUCUACCUAUGUGAUCCACAAAUACUAAAAGCGAGUCUAGCCGACUCUAGAGCUGAUACAAAGUCUAGUGCCUGCUUAACAUUAUCUUUUCUUCAGGCAAAUGCGGCUUCUGGUGUUGCUGUGCACGAUGACUGCAAGCUGAGAUUUCUAGACCUCAAGGCGAAAAGGACUUACCGGUACAUAGUCUUCAAAAUUGAGAUGGAGCAGAAGCAAGUUAUCGUCGAAAAGCUUGGUGAACCGACUGAAAGUUACGAGGAUUUCUCUGAUUGCUCUGCCAGCCUUCCUGCUGAUGAGUGCCGCUAUGCUGUGUAUGAUUUUGACUAUGUCACGGAUGAGAACGUCCCGAGAAGCCGGAUUGUCUUCGUCGGCUGGUCACCCGAUACUUCGAAGGUGAGGAACAAGAUGAUUUAUGCAAGCUCCAAGGACAGGUUCAAGAGGGAGCUUGACGGGAUCCAGAUCGAACUGCAAGCCACCGAUCCAUCCGAAAUGGGUCUCGAUGUGAUAAGGAGCCGCUCGAAUUAAGAGAGGAGAGGUUUGUGAUGUCACUGCUCUACAUGGGUUUCACCGCAAGUGUCUUUAUUGCAAAAAAAAAAAAAAAAAAAAAAAAAACCCUUUUGAACUUCGUUUGUUUGUCCGGGAGUUGUUGCCAUGAUUGUUAUAUUUUGUGGAAUCGUGGUGUCGGGGUCUAAAUGUGUGGUGUUUGAAACAAAAAGACAUAAUAUAUGUACCGUGGAUCUUGAAGAGAUUCGGUAAAAACUCGUGUUUGGUUGUUGCCC